ACUCUUUUUCCAACCCUCAAUUUUUUUAUUUAUUUAAUUAAUUAAUUAUUAAUUAAUCUCUUUAAUUCUCUACUCAAUUCCAUUCUUCUUUAAAACCCUCCUCUUUUGAAGACCAAGUCAUCAUAAUAAUUUAUAUUCUUCAAUAAACCAAAAAAGAUUAUUAUAACCUUCAUUUCAUUAUAUUUUAUAAAAUUCAUCAUCAUCAUCAUCAUCUCUUCACUCCAAAUUAUUAAUAUUAAGUUCAUUAUUAUUAUUUCAAUUUCUAUGGCGAAGUUAUCACAGAAAAAUAAUAGUGCAAAUGUUAAUACUAAUAAUAAUGGGACACAUGUUCCAAAAGUGAAAAGAACAAGAAGAAGUGUUCCUAGAGAUUCUCCUCCUCAACGCAGCUCUAUUUAUCGAGGUGUCACAAGGCAUCGAUGGACUGGACGGUAUGAAGCUCAUUUGUGGGAUAAGAAUUGUUGGAAUGAAUCUCAGAACAAGAAAGGACGUCAAGUUUAUCUUGGUGCAUAUGAUGAUGAGGAAGCAGCAGCACAUGCAUAUGAUUUAGCAGCAUUGAAAUAUUGGGGUCAUGACACCAUUCUCAAUUUUCCAUUAUCAACUUAUGAGAAAGAAUUGAAGGACAUGGAAGGUGUGGCUAGAGAAGAGUAUAUUGGAUCACUUAGAAGGAAAAGUAGUGGGUUCUCUCGAGGAGUUUCAAAAUAUAGAGGUGUUGCAAGACAUCAUCACAAUGGAAGAUGGGAAGCUCGAAUUGGGCGAGUCUUUGGCAACAAAUAUCUAUAUCUUGGUACAUAUGCUACACAAGAAGAAGCUGCAACGGCAUACGACAUGGCAGCAAUAGAGUACCGAGGGCUUAAUGCAGUCACUAACUUUGACCUUAGCCGAUACAUCAAAUGGUUGAAACCUAACACUACUUCUACUACUACUACUACCACCACUAAUGCUACCACUACCACUUAUAUUAAUAAUAAUAAUAAUAUCAAUGGAAACUUAAUUAAUAGUAGCUUACCAAACCCUAAUAUUAUUAAUCACGAGGCUACCACUUUAUUAACCCAUGAUCAAAAUGUUCUCAUUAGCCAACAACAACAAGAUGAUCAUCAAUUAGGGUUAAGUAGUAGUUUCUUCCAUGAUUUUCAAAACAUUUCAUGCAAUGUUAUGGGGGAAACCCUAAUCUCGUCCGAACAGAUGAUUCAGCCUCGUCCGGCUGCCACUGCCACGUCAGCCCUAGGCCUCUUGCUUCAAUCAUCUAAGUUUAAGGAGAUGAUGGAGAUGACUUCGACGGGUAAUGAUAAUUGCCCGCCUUUGUCUUCGUCUCCUCCAACGUCGUCUCUUUUGUUGCCUGAGUCUGAUGAUCGUCACGAUCAUGUACAACUCUCUUGCGCAUUUUCUGACGAGAUGCAAGCAUAUUAUGAGGAUCAACAGUGCCAAGAUUCUUCGAGCAUAAGCUUUGUGAAUGGGGAUGAUAGCAUAUUCAGUGAGCUCAACUCGUUCAUGCAGCCUAUGUUCCCCUGCGAUUUCAUUUGAUUAAUUAAUUACGUACGAUUAGAGCCUCAAUAAAUGCAUGGAGAUCGCUUAAUUAUAUUUUUUAUAAUUAUUAUUUGUUGUUAAUUUAUUAUUUUCAAUUGUUAAUAUGCAAUCGAUCAGUUGAGAGAUUGACCUAGCUAUAUUGGCCAAAUAAUAAUAUAAGGCCUUAGAGAGAAGGGUAUGAGGAUUGUUUACAAGUGAUAAUCAUUCUCAUAUGUUUCACUCUUAUGUAGUCAUUAUUGUGGGAGAGUUUAUAGGCUAGCUAACUCAAUAUUUGGGUCAUUUAUAUUGUUUGUAGAUGCAUAGAGAAAUAAGCAAUAAUAUGAUAAUUUAUUUCUAUAAUAAUAAA